GUUUUAAACAAAUAAUUGUUCUUAGUUAUAAGUUCUUAUUUAAUAAUCUAAUGAUAUAUUGUAAUAUAGUUACUUUUAGUAUUGUAAUUCCCAUUCAAAUCAAUUGUAAAACACAUUGUAAUUCAUUUUCAUGCGAUGAUGUGUUAUUAAAAUACCAUUAUUAUUAUUAUUAUUAUUAUUAUAUCAUGCUAGCUGGUGGUUUCAAUUUACGUAAGUGGGCUUCCAAUUCGAAUACUGUUGUUGAAACUAUAACCCAGGCAGAGAGUAAUAUCGAUUCAGACAACAAACCCUUGUCCCCAGCCAUAGUACCCUCGUCCCCAGCCCUGAUCGAAGUACCCUCGUCCCAAGUUGUGAUCGAAGAACCCUCGUCCCAAGUCGUGAUCGAAGAACCCUCGUCCCCAGCCAUAGUACCCUCGUCCCCAGCCCUGAUCGAAGUACCCUCGUCCCAAGUCGUGAUCGAAGUACCGUCGUCCCCAGACAUGAUCGAAGUACCCUCGUCCCCAGCCGUGAUUAAAGAACCCUCGUCCCCAAUCGUAAUGGAAGAAACCGAGUCCUACACUAAAACAACAAUCGGUCAAGAAACCACUGUUACAAAGGAUAAAUGCGUCAAGGUACCUGGGGUCCUUUGGGACACUGAGAAUGACACGUUUAUGUUCGAAUUUUCGAGUUUGGUUCAAUAUGCUCGUUCCUUGCCUGCGACGAAACGCUCUGUGCUAAAGGUUACUUCGAAAAUCUUUGAUCCUGUUGGAUUUCUAACACCAUUUGUCAUCAAGAUGAAAGCAUUAUUUCAAGAAUUGUGUGUCGAAGGAAGUGAAUGGGACGACGAACUCAAACAUGGACUUCUAACCAAGUGGAACACAAUAUUAGUCGAGUUAAAUACCUUAAAUGAUUUACGGAUUCAACGAUGUUAUUUUAAAUCUACAGAAAAGCCGAUGAAGAUACAGCUACAUGGGUUUAGCGACGCCUCCAAAAUCGCAUAUGCCGCAGUUAUUUACAUGAGAUCUUUAUACGAAAGUGGAAACAUCGAAGUAAGACUCGUAGCUUCAAAAUCGAAGGUGGCGCCGUUAAAGGAACAAACGAUUCCUCGCCUAGAACUGUUAGGUGCAAACAUUCUAGCAAGAUUAAUCGCCACAGUGCAAGGGUGUCUAUUUGAAGACAAUUGCAACAAUCAAGAAGUUGAGAUAAUUAAUUGGACGGAUUCCAUGACAGUCCUAUGCUGGAUCGCGAACGAUAAGUUGUGGAAGCAGUACGUAAUGCAUCGAGUGGAAGAAAUUCGUCGAUUGACCUCCAAGGAUUCAUGGAAGUUUUGUCCCGGUACGGAGAAUCCCGCAGAUUUGCCAUCUCGUGGAGUGAAAGCAACCGACCUUGUCUCCAACAAACUGUGGUGGGAAGGUCCUGAGUUUCUUCAGAAAUCCGAAGAUGAAUGGCCAAAAUGUUCGUCAGAGGAACCAGAUACUGCAUUAAAUGAAGUAGUUAAGAAACAACCAGCCGUGACGCACUCUUUGGUAACAAAGGGCUCCAACCCAAAUCCACCAGACAUUACAAAGAGUAUGAAUUGCGAAAAUUUCUGUACCUUGACCCGCCUUUUUCGAGUGACCGCAUACGUUUUGCGGUUUAUCAACAAUGUCAAGAAGUCAACUAGAGAUCGAAAAAUCACAAAAAUGACGAAGCCGAAGGACUUAUCAGCCUCCGAGAUCAACGCUGCAGAAAACAUCUGGAUUCGGUCGAUACAGAACGUUUCAUUCCCGUCAGAAAUAGAGUAUUUAUCAAGCAAGAGUCAAGGUUCGAUACCGAAUCGCGUACGUCAGUUUGGACUGUUUAUCGAUGAACAAGAGCUCCUUAGAUGCAAGGGAAGGAUUGACAAGGCAAAUAUACCACGAGAGAGUAAAAAUCCAAUGCUGCUUCCUGCAAAACAUCCUAUUAUCGAUCUAAUAGUUAGAGACGUGCACCAUCGAGUUAAGCAUAACGGUAUUAGGGACACAUUGACGACUACUCAAGAACGAUUCUGGAUCUUACGUGGUAGAGAAGUGGUCAAGCGAAUUCUCAAGAAAUGUGUCGUAUGUCGAAAGGCUGAAGGUACCCCGUAUGGAGUUCCACCUCCUCCCCAUCUUCCACCGUAUCGAGUUGCAGACGAUCCACCGUUCACUAACGUAGGACUUGACUUCGCAGGACCGUUACUUGUUCGACCAGAUAAGGAAGCUCAGUCAUCAAUCGAAUCCCUUUUGAAGGUUUAUGUACUGUUAUUUACUUGCGCCUCUACAAGGGGUGUACAUUUAGAACUUACACCAUCCCUGAGCGUCUCAUCAUUUCUACAAGCUUUCCGCAGGUUCGCCAGUCGAAGAGGUCUACCGUCGUUGCUGGUAUCCGAUAACGCCAAAACUUACAAAUCAGCGUCCAAGGAAAUCCGAAAUUUAAGUCGAGCAGAGGAAGUUUGGCGCUACCUAUCUAAUAAUCGUAUAACGUGGCAAUUAAUUGUUGAGAAAGCCCCUUGGUGGGGCGGUUUCUGGGAACGUUUAGUUCGAAGCAUAAAGAGGCGCUUAAAGAAGGUAAUAGGAAGAGCAAGUCUAACGUAUGAAGAGCUGAGUACGCUUGUGGUGGAGAUCAAAGGGCUGAUCAACUCGCGACCACUAACUUAUGUUUUUGACGACGACGAAACCUGCACGUCACCCUUGUGUCCUUCACACCUGAUAUAUGGACGUCGUAUCACCACUAUGCCGAAUAGCCAACACUAUGAAGUUAUUAGCACGUAUCAAUCGUUAACGAAAAGAGCACGACACCACCGAAACCUAAUUCAGCAAUUUACGAAGCAGUGGAGAACUGAAUAUUUGUUGGGACUUCGUGAACAAUCUAGAGUUAUGGCAAGAAAUAACAAGACGGGUAAUAUUUCAAUCGGUGACAUUGUUAUUUUAAGGAACGAUAAAACGAGUCGCUGUUUUUGGAAGCUAGCCAAGGUUGAGCAACUUUUACAUGGAGAAGAUAACCUUGUUCGAGCAGCUGUUGUUAAAAUGUUAGGUGGCAAGAGUGACAAAGCGCAACUUCUCCGAAGAUCGAUUAGUCACCUGAUUCCAAUCGAAGUGAAGCAACCGCUUAGCAAGGUCAAGAAUAAAUCGGAGGCAACAAUUAGCGAACCGCCUGUAUCGUUAAAUGCUCGUCCACGUCGUAUGGCGGCGGUCAUCGGAGAGCUUAAAAGAGCCGAACAACUGAAACAUAUCUGA